CGUCAAUAUGCCACCAUUAUUUCUAAACCUUAGUCCAUAAUUUUGAGUGUCCUGGAUUUCGCAAACUUAACAUCGUCAGCUGCCGGAAACACGCCCUAUUAGUGGUCUCGAUUGAGAACAAAACAUCAAAGUCCGCCUCUCGCUGCUUUACCUCGGACCGUAGAAAAGGGUGAACGAGAAAGAAGUCGAACUGACUUAGCUGUGGCAACGUCAAAUUUCGAUCACCUUGGUACAUCAUGACUGAAGCAACAGUCCAGCCGUUGAGUGGCCUCUGGAAGCCAACACACUUAAAAGCUCUUUACUAUGGGCCCAAUAGUGUUGCCAAGUAUUUGAGAUCAUGCCUACCUUCGGAGACAUCCAAAGCCUUGAUCAUAACUGGAAGUUCGUUGGCUUCGAAAACGUCCCUCAUCUCCGACGUUGAAAAGCUUCUUGGAGACCACCACGCCGCGACCUUCUCAAGAAUCGGGCAACACGCACCUGUAGCGGAUCUAGACCAAGCUGCCGAUCUUGCACAAAACGAUGGUUCCAUAGAUACCAUCAUUUCCAUUGGAGGCGGAUCGCCAAUCGACAGCGCGAAAGUUAUCUCAUACAGGAACAAGGAAAAAGGGCGGAAGCCAUUUUACCACAUUACAAUACCGACGACGCUCAGUGCCGCCGAGUGCACAUCAUUUGGCGGAUAUACAAAUGAGAAAGGCGUGAAGACAGGGGUGGGAGAUCCAGAGCUCGCUCCUCACGUUAUAAUCUAUGAUGCCACUUUUGCCCUUAAAACACCACCCUACCUUUGGCUAUCAACCGGAAUGAGGGCCAUGGAUCAUGCUGUUGAAAGCAUGUACCAUCCGACUGCUACAGAACUCUCUCACAUGAUGAACUUGCAGGCUGUUAGCAAUCUAUUUGUUUACAUGCCACGGUAUAAGAAAGAUCCCACGGAUCUCAAUGUCAUAACGAACUUGCAACUCGCCGCAUUUGCAUCACUGGGUUUUCUUGGUCUUAAUCUCAAGGGCGGACUUGGCCUAUCGCACACCUUAGGCUACGCCUUGGGUUCACCCUAUCAGAUUCCACACGGUGUCACAAGCUGCCUUACACUUGGCCAUGUCGUCAAAUUAAAGGCAGAAGACCCGGCUUCGGCGGCGGCAAUAAGUAGGAUAGUCCCAUUUAUUGGUGGCUCACGAACAGGUAACGAUCGCCUAGAUGCGGAAAUGGUGGGGAACAUGAUUCUCAAACUGGUACAUGAUCUCGGCCUGAAAACAACAUUGACUGAGAAGGGUGUCGGUCGAGACCAGGUUUCCAUUAUUGUCGAGAGGGCAACGGGUGGGCAAACUUCCGGCAUACUUUACGACAAGGUCAAGGCCCUUGUCGAAGGUUUGUACUGAGUAUGCCGCGUCAAAACGACGACUAAUUCGCAUGGAAUAUGUGCUGAAGCAUCAAUAUGACGGCGAUGAACAAUCAAUUCAUCUUGCUGAUUCAGCAACUAUUGCCUCAAAACUAUCAUCAUAUACGCGUGUAUGCGAUAGCUGUAUAUAUGCGAUUGGGUGUUUGGAAUAUCAUUCAGUCUUAUGCAAAGUUUUAUGCACAGCAAUUACGCAUCCAACAUACAGAUUGGUAUGGGCGCCGCAAACCAGGAGAUCAAUGCACACUCUGAAAAGAGGUUCGAGCAUAUGCACUUAUUUAGUCUCUAAUGGACAGUAGACGGCAGCUUUCGAGAAGCCGUGCAAUUUUGAAG